GAGCUCUGGUCUGGCCUGCCGCCGCCUGUGCCAUGGCUCCAGGGAGUGUCUCCAGUGUUUCUUCCUCCUCCUCCGUUCCCUCCAGCGACACAUCACCUCCUGGAUCAUGUGGGCUCCCUGGGGCUGUCAGUCCAGAUCCAAGUUGCAGCAGGAUCCAAGUAGGCCAGCGGAACCCGACAAUGCUGCGUAUGGUGCUAGAGGCUCUGAAGGCCAGGGAGAAGCGCCAGGGCACCUCAGUUGUAGCCAUCAAGGUCUAUAUCCAGCAUAAGUACCCCACAGUGGGCACCACCCGCUUCAAGUACCUGCUGAAGCAGGCCCUGGAAACUGGCAUGCGGCGAGGCCUCCUCACCAGGCCUGCCAACUCCAAGGCCAAGGGUGCCACUGGCAGCUUCAAACUAGUUCCCAAGCCCAAGAAAAAGAGAACCUGUGCCCCGAAAGCCCGUGGGGGAGCUACAGGUACCAAGGAGACAGGCUCCAAGGAAUCCGGAUUGCGGAAGAAAGACCAAGCUGGCAAGGCCAAGACAGAGAAAGCGGCUCCAAACCCAGGGCGGAAGCGGAAGGCUUAUCCCCGUUCAGCAGCCACGUUGGAGAAGGCGCCUAAGAAGGCCAAAGCGGUGCCAAGAGAGGUCCAAAAGGCCCCCCUAAAACGAGACAAAGCUGCAGGGGCCCCUCUCACUGCCAACAUAGGCCAGAAGGUCAAACACAGUGGGACCGGGCAAGAAGCAGAUGCCCAUGGGAAGACCAAAGAUGUGUGUGAGAAAUCAAAGGCCUCGGCUAGCAAGGUCCAGAAUAGUGUUGCUUCCCUCAUCAAAAAGGAGAUGGCAGCCAUAGCCCACACGGAGACAGUUGUUCAGGGGGCUAAGAGGGUGCAGAAGACCAAAGCGCCCACUCCUUCCCAGGACGUCGGACACAAGGCACAGCCCACAACUAGGGUCAGGAAGACAAAGACCCCCGAGGACACCAAAAGGCCUCAGUUACCCCCCAAGACCUCAUCCAAGGCUCCCAGCAAGAAGGCUGAGGAAGCUAGGGCCAGGGUUGGGGAGAUGGCACUCCGAAGCUUUUAUUCUCUAACAAACUGUCAUAAUGUCUAAUCAUAAUUUAUUUAUCAAUAAAGACUUCUUUUUGUAUUCACACGCUGG